CAGACUGAUACAGUCCGAUAGAGCUAGGGCGAGAGGGAUACGGGAUAUCAACUGGGGAUCCCGGUGUCAUUUUGGAGGCAGAGACGAGCGUAAGACGCCAGGACAACCGGUGUCAGUCGGAACGGAAGAUAUCUGAGGGACUGAUCGGAGUUUCUGCACCAGACCCGACAGAGGAAUACACCAGCUUUUAACGUCUGACACAAGACUCCAAUACAAAGAACGAAAAACAUUGAGCUAGGAGCGGGGAUUAAUAUCGAAAUAUAAACCGUAUGCAACCUAGAAAAAUGCAAAAGUCCAGAAGAUAGGCGAUAUAAAUAAGCGUGUAGUCCUUAUAGUCCGAAAGCUGUUGCCAUCACCAGUAAAUGUAAACAAACAGCUAUCCAAGCUAGCUGAAGUUAGCCGAUCGGGGGGGUUAGCAUUCCACUGCUAGUACAUAUAGCUAACAUCAGGUAGUAGAACCGAAGCAGACCGAAGGUAAACCGAGCCGAACACGUCUGGCUUCGGGUCGAAAACCACAUUUAACCUCAUUACAGUAGUCUUCAGCGGAUGACAGCUCAUUGUAUUAACUCGUAAGUAAGUAUGCAGUUGUUAGCACAAUUAGCCUCUCUGCUAACGUCGGCUACAUGUUAUUUGCUUUAGCAGCCCAGCAUAACAGUAUUACAACUAGCACAGUAAAUGUAAGAACAAAGACGACAUUUGGCAGUAGGGACGCGACGUGAGUUUCUGACCUCGACGAGAAUAUUUCGCUGUGUGACAGAUUAAACACUUCCAGCACCGAUGUAAUCCUACAAUAGAUAAUCUUAAUAUCCAGUGUAGUCCAGCUGAUUGGCUGAAAAGAGUAGGACGUCGGGAUGGAGGAAAACAACUUCAUGACUUCGUAAAGAUUUAAUCGCUACCCCCCCUCCGAGCCAGCGUCGUUGCGAGGCGGUGUGCUUGUUAUGUUCGUAGCUGCACCGUGAGAGGAACAUUUUUUUUCCCCCUUCGGUUUUACAUGCUGCACUCUCGGUGUGUUUGACAGUAAAGGUCCUUAGCUGUUUAGUGAGUGUGGCUCGUUUGUCCUCUCAGCGGCAGUAGUACAGUCAAACUGAGGAGAGGACCUUAUGUUCUGAAAGGGGAGCCUCAACUCAGCCCGGCAGCAUGAAGUGGGCUGUUAAAUCGAUCUAAAAAAGCGAGUGGUUUGGUUUGAAUAUAUAACAACUCCAUCCAAAACACGGGAGAAGUUGCGCAGAGACACUUGGUAACUGUAGCUUUGUUGUGAAUAUCUUCCUACAGACUGUUUAAAGGAGACCACCGCCUUGUCAGAGUUUGUAUUAUGGAGCUGUGUUUGAGGGCCCAGCGGUAAGCCUCUCAGCUGUGUUUUGGUUGCUAGUGGCCUCCCCUCCCCCCAGUCUUGAGACUCUUGAUUCUCCCCGAGUGUUGGACACUGUUCGCCGGGUUUCCACUUGAUUUUUAGACCGAAGAAAGGCCGUGGCCUCCGUUCGCAGUCCUCUGGACUCCGGAGCGGUUAAAAAGUGGAUGUAAUGGAACUGAUGUUCGCCGAGUGGGAGGACGGGGAGAGGUUCUCCUUCGAAGACUCGGACCGGUUUGAGGAAGACUCGCUGUGCUCCUUCAUCUCAGAGGCCGAGAGCCUCUGUCAGAACUGGAGGGGAUGGAGGAAACAGUCUGCUGGACCCAACUCCCCUACGGUCAAGAUUAAAGAUGGUCAGGUGAUACCGCUGGUGGAGUUGUCCGCAAAGCAGGUAGCGUUCCACAUCCCGUUCGAGGUGGUGGAGAAGGUCUACCCUCCUGUCCCAGAACAGCUCCAGCUUCGCAUCGCCUACUGGAGCUUCCCCGAAAAUGAGGAAGACAUCAGGUUAUAUUCAUGCCUGGCUAAUGGGAGCCCAGAUGAAUUCCAACGUGGAGAGCAGCUCUACAGGAUCCGAGCUGUCAAAGACCCCCUGCAGAUCGGCUUCCAUCUCAGUGCUACAGUGGUGUCCAGUCAGACCGGUCAGUCUAAAACGGCCUACAACGUGGCGGUCAUGUUUGAUCGCUGCCGCAUCACUUCCUGUAGCUGCACGUGCGGCGCUGGGGCCAAAUGGUGUGCUCAUGUGGUGGCGCUCUGCCUCUUCAGGAUCCACAAUGCGUCAGCAGUGUGUCUGAGGGCUCCGGUCUCUGAGUCGUUGUCCAGGCUGCAGAGGGACCAGCUCCAAAAGUUCGCCCAGUACCUCAUCAGUGAGCUGCCUCAGCAGAUCUUACCCACGGCUCAGCGUCUGCUGGAUGAGCUGCUCUCGUCUCAGUCUACUGCCAUCAACACCGUGUGUGGAGCUCCAGACCCGACAGCAGGCCCUUCAGCCUCUGACCAGAGCACCUGGUAUUUGGAUGAGUCGACCCUCAGCGACAACAUCAAAAAGACUCUGCACAAGUUCUGUGGGCCUUCACCUGUUGUCUUCAGCGACGUGAACUCCAUGUACCUGUCGUCCACGGAGCCGCCAGCCGCCGCCGAGUGGGCGUGUCUGCUGCGACCUCUGAGGGGCCGAGAGCCCGAAGGCAUCUGGAACCUCCUGUCCAUCGUCAGGGAGAUGUUCAAGAGACGAGACAGCAACGCAGCCCCGCUGCUCGAGAUCCUCACCGAGCAGUGCCUCACCUACGAACAGAUCAUCAGCUGGUGGUACAGCGUUCGGACGUCAGCGUCCCACAGCAGCGCCAGCGGCCACACCGGCCGCAGCAACGGCCAGUCGGAGGUGGCGGCCCACGCCUGUGCCAGCAUGUGUGAUGAGAUGGUGGUGCUCUGGAGGCUGGCAGUGCUCGACCCCACGAUGAGCCCUUGCAGGCGUCUGGAACUGGCAGGCCAACUGAAGCAGUGGCAUCUAAAGGUGAUCGAGAUAGUGAAGCGGGGGCAACAUCGCAAGUCCCUGGAUAAACUGUUCCAGGGCUUCAAACCUGCUGUGGAGUCCUGCUAUUUCAACUGGGAGGUGGCUUACCCACUGGACGGCAUCACCUACUGCAGCGCUGACAAGAAGAGCGCCACAUUUUGCUGGUCCAGGGCAGUGCAGCACCAGAGAGGAGCCAAAGCUGCUGCGGGAGCGGGUGGAGAACCUACUGAGCCAGGGGGAAGAGCUGAGGGUGGAGCCGUUGGAGAUUAUAAAGGAAGAGGAAGUGGUCACUUGUCUCAACAGGAGUUGGCCGUGCGACCCAAGGAGACCAUUCUGACCAAGAGGAAGGGUCUGUCAGUGAGCGGAGGGGGAGGGAUGCUGGUCCGUCUCGGGGGGAGCGUCUCUCUUUCCCUGGAAGAUGGAGGAGGGAAGUGCAUGUACAAAGGGCCAGGCUCCUCCUCUGGAGGGAAACUGAAACUGACGCAGGGAAGUGGAAAGGGGGCAUCUGUGGGAGGUCCUGGGGGGAGCGGGGGGUUAGGAGGUGGUAAGCAUGCCAGUGCUAAGCGGAGAACCAGCAGUGAGGACAGCUCCCUGGAGCCGGACCUGGCUGAGCUCAGCCUGGAUGAUGGCUGCAGUCUGGCUCUGGGGGCUGAGGCCAGCAACACUUUCGAGUUUCUCCCCCCGCCACCAGAGAUGCUUCCCUCCCCAAGCCCACUGCUCCGAGACUCACGUAAGUACAGCAGCAGCAGCGGGGGGAGCAAGAUGUUUGAAGCGAAGCGUGUCGGUCAUACGUCUGCCGCACUUCCUGCCGCAGAGCCCGCUCCUCCCUGCUUCCCUUCCAAAGAGACGGUGGUGGUUGUCAUGGACAUGCCCAGCGCUGCAGAAAAGGAAGCAGAGCUGGAGGUGGAGCCUGUCCAGAGCAGAGAUGAAGAUGUAGACUCAGCUGGCAGUAACCAGCCCUCCACCUCUGCCACUACAGCGAGAUCAGGCACCGCUCAAACAUCUGCCAAGGCACAGCGCGGCCGCCGAGAGGCGGCGUCCGCUGGAGCGGCUGGGGCAGCAGCUGCAGGUGGCCCAGCUAACCAAGGAGCAGAGGCCACAGGUGGAUCUGCAGGGGGAGAAGCUGUGGGCGAGGACGACUACCAGGCAUACUACCUGAGCGCCGCCUCAGAGGAGGGGGCAGACAGACAGCUGAAUGACAGCCACCAGGAGGAAGAGCCAGACAUCUUCGCCGGGAUCAAACCACUGGAUCAGGAGGGACGCAUGGAGGUGCUGUUUGCGUGCGCCGAGGCCCUCUAUGCUCACGGCUACAGUAACGAGGCGUGCCGGCUGGCUGUGGAGCUGGCCAGAGACCUGUUAGCCAACCCUCCGGACCUGAAAGUGGAGCAGCCGCAGACUAAGGGUAAGAAGAGCAAGGUGUCCACCAGCCGUCAGACGCAGGUAGCCACCAACACGCUGUCAAAAGCUGCCUUCCUCCUGACUGUCCUCAGCGAACGCCUGGAGCUCCACAACCUGGCCUUCAGCACCGGCAUGUUCUCCCUGGAACUCCAGAGGCCACCGGCAUCUACCAAAGCUCUGGAGGUGAAGCUGGCCUAUCAGGAGUCAGAGGUGGUGGCUCUUUUGAAGAAGAUUCCUCUGGGCCUGGUGGAGAUGUCGACCAUCAGAGAGAGAGCCGAGCAGCUCAGAGACGGGAACUUUUGUGACUACAGGCCCGUGCUGCCUCUCAUGUUGGCCAGCUUCAUCUUCGAUGUACUGUGUACCCCAGUUUGUGCAGUUGUGUCCCCAACGGGUUCCCGUCCACCGAGCCGCAACCGUAACAACGAGAUGCCCGGUGAUGAGGAGCUGGGCUUCGAGGCUGCAGUUGCUGCACUUGGUAUGAAGACCACAGUCAGUGAGGCGGAGCAUCCUCUGCUGUGUGAAGGAACCAGGCGGGUGAAGGGUGACCUGGCUCUGGCUCUCAUGAUCACCUAUAAGGAUGACCAGAGCAAACUGAAGAAGAUAUUGGAUAAGUUGUUGGACAGGGAGAGUCAGACCCACAAGCCUCAGACUUUGAGCUCCUUCUACUCCAGCAAACCAGCGGCAGGCAGCCAGCGCAGCCCGUCCAAGCACACUGCCGCUGGCCACAGCGGGGUGAGCGGGGCCAGCGGGGGCGUCUCCAAACACGCCCCCUCGUCUUCCUCUGCAACCACCACCGUGGCGCCCUCUUCCUCCAGCUCUUCCUCUGGCGUGACACUGGCUGGAGAAGAGGUGGCUCAUCAGGCCGAACUAAACCCGGUGCAGAACAGUACAGCAGGGGAGAGUACUGCUGAGACCAGGGAGCACGUAUCAGAUGGGCCUCCUUCAUCAGCUGACCCGCAGAAUGAAACAGCUCCUUUUAAGCUGGAGGCCACAGUGCCCAGUCGACUGGCGCUGGGGGCGCGCUGUGGAUACAGCCAGCGCUGCUGGGGCUCACCUGUCCGGCAGAAGAAGAAACACACUGGCAUGGCGAGUAUCGACAGCAGUGCUCCGGAGACGACCUCUGACAGUUCCCCCACUCUCAGCCGCCGGCCGCUGAGGGGAGGCUGGGCAGCGACAUCUUGGGGGCGGGGCCAGGACAGCGAUAGCAUCAGCAGCUCGUCGUCUGAUUCGCUGGGCUCCUCUUCCUCCAGCGGCUCUCGCAGGGCAGGUGGCGGGGCCAGAGCCAAGAGCACUGACACCAGCAGGUACAAAGGCCGACGCCCGGAGUGCCACGCCCCGCACGUGCCCAACCAGCCAUCAGAGGCAGCGGCCCAUUUUUACUUUGAGCUGGCCAAGACGGUGCUGAUCAAAGCUGGAGGAAACUCCUCCACCUCCAUCUUCACCCAGCCCUCAGCCAGCGGGGGCCACCAGGGGCCCCACAGAAACCUGCACCUGUGUGCCUUUGAGAUUGGCCUGUAUGCUCUUGGCCUCCACAACUUUGUCUCACCCAACUGGCUGUCCAGGACCUACUCCUCCCAUGUGUCCUGGAUCACUGGCCAGGCCAUGGAGAUCGGCAGCGCUGCCCUCAACAUUUUGGUGGAGUGUUGGGACGGUCACCUCACCCCUCCGGAGGUGGCAUCCCUAGCGGACCGAGCGUCGCGAGCCAGGGACCCCAACAUGGUUCGGGCGGCGGCGGAGCUGGCCCUGAGCUGCUUGCCUCAUGCUCAUGCCCUCAAUCCAAAUGAAAUCCAGAGAGCCCUGGUGCAGUGCAAAGAGCAGGACAAUGUGAUGCUGGAGAAGGCCUGCAUGGCAGUAGAGGAAGCAGCCAAGGGUGGAGGUGUGUACCCUGAGGUCCUGUUUGAGGUGGCUCACCAGUGGUACUGGCUGUAUGAGCAGUCAGUAGGCGGGGGCUCAGGUCAGCAGCGGGAAACCUCUGGGCGCUGCGGGGCAAACGGGGGUUCGGGCAGGAGGCCCCCCGAAUCCACCUGCGGCGUCCUCGACAGCGGGGCCAACAUGGAGUCCCCCGGGGUGGCAACAGUCACAGCCUCAGUCACUGCAGCGGCCGUCGUCCCCGUCAUCUCCGUGGGCUCCACCAUCUACCAGUCCCACGCCAUACCCGGCCAGGCCAUGGCUCACCCCCACAGCCAGGGCCUCCACCCCUACACCACCAUCCAGGCCCAUCUCCCCACCGUCUGCACCCCCCAGUACCUGGGACACCCGCUGCAGCAUGUCCCCCGACCCACCGUCUUCCCUGUGUCUGGGGCUGCAUAUCCACAGGGAAUGCACCCAGCCUUCAUCGGGGCCCAGUACCCGUUCUCAGUGGCUGCUGGCCCCCAGCCGCCUAUGGCAGCCACGGCUGUGACCUUCCCCGGUGUCCCUGUACCGUCCAUGACUCAGAUCGCCGUCCAUCCCUACCACACUGAGACCGGCCUGCCCCUCAGCACCACUGUAGCAGUAGGCAGCGUUCACGCGGGCCCCACCAUCCAGGCCAUCCAGGGAGCGUCUUUGCCCUCCCUCUCCUCCCAGCCAGGCUCAUUGGUCAGCACUCCUUUCCCAGCAGAGGACGAGCAGCACAGCCAGCCAAUCAGUCAGCAGGGCCUGCACUACCUGCAUUCUGCCUACAGAGUUGGCAUGCUGGCGUUAGAGAUGCUGGGCAGGAGGGCUCACAACGACCACCCCAACAACUUCUCCAGGAGCCCACCUUACACUGAGGACGUCAAAUGGCUGCUGGGACUGGCUGCGAGGCUAGGAGUCAACUAUGUGUACCAGUUCUGUGUCGGAGCAGCAAAAGGUGUCCUCAGUCCGUUCGUCCUGCAGGAGAUCAUCAUGGAGGCUCUGCAGAGGCUGAACCCCGCCCACAUCCACGCCCACCUCCGAACGCCUGCUUUCCACCAGCUCGUGCAGCGCUGCCAACAGGCCUACCUGCAGUACAUCCACCACCGGCUCAUCCACCUGACGCCCGCUGACUACGAUGACUUUGUCAACAUCAUCCGCAGCGCCCGAGGUGCUUUCUGCCUGACGCCCGUGGGUAUGAUGCAGUUUAACGACGUGCUGCAGAACCUGAAGCGAGGCAAGCAGACCAAGGAGCUGUGGCAGCGCAUUUCUCUGGAGAUGGCAACCUUCUCCCCCUGAGCAGCACGCUUAGGCCUGAGCCUGGGCCUGAGGCUGGGCCUGGGCCCGGGCUGAGCUUGAGGAGUCCCAUCCAGCGCCCACUCAGUACUCCAGCAUUGCUACUGCCACUGCACUGAGCCGGCCACAUUCAUGCUGUCUGGUUCUGUCGGGGAGCCCGCCCCCUGCGAUGUGGACUCAGCAAACACAGCACACAGGCAGUACAAUCAGCUCCCAUACCCCCAACCCACAGAGACUUCUUUGGUUUCUUUUGUCCACCCAGAGCUCAGAGGAGAAGCCAGGUCACCUCCCCUGCUCUCCUCUGUCCCUGACUGACUCCUCCCUCUUGUUUUAUCAUGGUUCAUGUUUGUGUAACUGUGGAAUUAAAGUGUACUCCUUCCUUUCUGCAUCUAACUCGUCUCUUCCACCCCCCCCCCCAAACUGAAGACACUGACGGGGAUCUCUCACCAUCCUCCACCCUCAUGUCAUUUCCAGUGUUUUGUAGUUUUGUUUAGCUUUGUUUUGAAUGAAACCACUGAGCGUGAGUUGUUUUCAUGCUGCAACAUUCCUGUCCAGAGUGGUCGGUGCUGUGAGGCCUCGUUCACCAAAAGCUUGUCACUAUGGAUCUGAAUCUUUGCAGUGUGGGAGAGAGGGAAGGUUUGCAAGGAAGAAAAAAAAAAAAAAAGGUUUAAUAUGAGAAAUUAUAUUGUCAGUACGGGUGAGGAUUUUUCAGUAUUUUGUUUAAUCUUUUUUGAUACUUUGUAUAGAAUAUGACAUGUAUGCAGAGAGGAACGGGAAGAGGAUGAGAGGAUGUUAAAGGUGCUGUUUUGUUGUGUGGGAUCCAUAUGUACAUUUUGGCCAGCCUCAGGAGUGACAUGAACACAGCUCCAGACCAAAACCAGAGGCGACCUAACCGCUGCUGGGCCAAGCAGGGCCACUAAGGGCUUUUCCAGUGUUAGAACAUCUGGAUCAGGCGUUUGUUAUGUCUCGUCAGUAGGGCUGAGUAUCAUUAUACAUUUUUUUGGAUGAUAUCUUAUUUUUUUGGAGCUCCUUAAGGCAACAUGACUAAAAACCUUUCUUGUUUUUUUUUGUGGUCAUUGUGGAAGAAAGUUCUUUGAUCAUGUUGCCUUCAGGGGGGGGGGGGGCUCCGUACAUUUCCAUCAUCAGUCUCAAAACAUUUUUUCCUGUUUUUCUACAAAAGAUUUGUCGACAUUUAACAAAACGACAGAUGUGUCAAAUUCACCGUGUAGCUCUGUCUUAACAUAACCGUGUGAAAUCUCUGCUAAAAGAAAACAACUAACUCGAAUAGGAUUGACAUCGAGCGAUCAAAAGAAUGAGUUGGUGUGCCACCAGUCGAGUUUUGAUUAUCGGUAAUACUCCUGAAGUACUGAGAUUCCAUUCCUAAGCCCUUCUUUUCAGAAGACAGCCCCAGACGCUUCCCUGUGGACGAGGAGGGAAGCAGCUUUGUGCUGCUCCUCCUUGGAUGUGGUGAAGUUAACCAGACCUUACAUUUGCCAAACUAAUCAGUUAGUUCUCAUCCUUGUCUCUCCAAGUAAAACCAGCCGCCCCCCCCCCAUGGUUAAUGAGUCUGGUUUGGUUUUAUGAGGGAGAAAAGAUGGUUGGGGUCUAAAUGUUUGGUUUGGUGUUUGGCUUUUCAGUGGGAGGCGUGUGGGGGCUGUCACACACACACACACACACACACACUCACCGUGGAUGAGACGGUGGCUGUGUUUCAUUUUUCAGCCCGUGUUCGUCAGAGUUCACACUUCAGAACUGAACACGUGUUCAUGUAUUGGAACGAGACGCUGUGGUUUGGCUCUGGAAAGCCCUGGGUUUCGCUGAGCUUUGUGACACGCGAGUGUUUCUCGAGUGGCCCCCCUUUUCUUCAGUGUGGUUAGCUCAUAGACCAUGGUGCUGUUACUUUAAGACAUGUUGACGUUCCAUCUCUGUCCAGGCAGCUGCUGUGGUUCUGAACCUGCCUCUCUUGAAUGGCUCUGGACCUCACAGGUGAAGGUGACUUAGUAGAAAAUGUACUGUGAUAUUUUUGUAUUCCUCAAAAAAAAAAAAAAAAAAAAAAAAGUGUAGCUUGAUUGAAAAGUUCUAUAUGUGCUGAUUGCAAAAGGUUCUAAUUUAGAGUGAAAAGAAUUAAAAAAAAAAAAAAAAGAUAAAAAAGCAAUACUAAAAGUGUAGAGUUUA